UGUGCGUAACGUUAAACCAGAGUCGACGUACGUCAGAGAUCUCGCGUAAACAUCCACAACAAACAUGGCGGACGAUCACACAGAUGCAGAUCAGUCCAUGGAGGGACACACGCCUGUGUCUGAGAACCCCCAUGCAGAGUACGGCUUGACAGAAAACAUCCAGAGGACGGUGGAGAACGAGAAGGCGAGUGCAGAGAAGAUCUCUAAGCAGAAGGUGGAUCUGCAGGCGCUGCCGACCAGAGCGUACCUGGACCAGACGGUGGUCCCCAUCCUGCUGCAGGGCCUGUCGGUGCUCGCCAAAGAGAGACCUCCAAACCCCAUCGAGUAUCUGGCAGCGUUCCUCCUGAAGAACAAAUCCCAGUUUGAAGAGAGAAGUUAAAGUCACGUCUCACGCUGCAGAAACUUGUCUCAGAUCCUGUUUGUUAAUGAACUGCUAGACUGUUGUUGUUUUUUUUAAUUUUAUCAGAAUAAACGAUCUGAAAGGG